UUAGGCAGGAGAACCGCAGGGGACCCGUCUCUACAAUUUCAGAAUCAUCUUGAGACGAACCGAAUCCACCCGGAGUUCGUUGAGAGUUUUCUGUAGCGCGCAGGACAGCAGCGCGUGACCGGUUGAGUUCUAACGGAAGAUAACACGGACACGGAGCUAGCAGGCUGCUAAAGCUAACUGGCGGCUGAAGGCUUCACCGACCCACGCAGCGUCCGCCGAGCCUACAAUCAAAGUCUGUCAAAAUGAGUGCAGCCUCCUCCCAAAAAGUUGUCCUGAAAAGCACCACCAAAGUGUCCCUGAAUGAGCGCUUCACUAACAUGCUGAAGAACAAGCAGCCCACUGCGGUAAGCAUUCGAGCCACCAUGCAACAGCAACAUUUAGCCAGUGCCCGCAAUCGUCGGCUGGCCCAGCAGAUGGAGAACCGGCCCUCAGUGCAAGCCGCUUUGAAUCACAAGCAGAGCUUGAAGCAGCGCCUGGGGAAGAGCAACAUCCAAGCCAGGCUGGGCCGGCCUGUCGGGGCUCUGAUGCGUGGAGGGCCUGCUGGAGGCAGAGGAGGAAUGAGGGGGAUGACCAGGGGAGGCCUCCGAGGACGAGCCAGAGGAGGAGUAAUGAGGGGAGCUCUGUCUCUGAGAGGGAAGCGAGUGUCUACGGGUGGUCCCAUGCGAGGCCGUGGCUCUGCUGGCCGUCUGCCCAUGCGGAGAGGAGGCCGCCAUCGUGGAGGACCUGCUGGAAGAGGAGGAGCUAUGUCCCGAGGAGUAGCUCGAGGAGGAGUAGCCAGAGGCCGCGGUGGACUGCGUGGGCGUGGUGGCUUUGCUGGGCGAGGUGGUCGUGGCCGUGGGCGGGGCCGAGGUGUUGGUCGGCCAACUGUUACACGUGAACAACUAGACAACCAGCUAGAUGCCUACAUGUCAAAGACCAAGGGUCACUUGGAUGCCGAACUGGACGCCUACAUGGCCCAGGCAGACCCAGACAGUAUGGAGUGAAGGACUGGAGCUGAGCACCUUCUGGAGUCACUGCACCACUGUAUAGCUGAAGUCACGCAUACACUGUAGUGUUGAUGGACUCAGAAAUGAUUGUUACUAAUUUAGAGUGAUGGCGCUUCAGGACUACACAGUUUGGAAGAGCAGCAGAUCAAGGUGUCACCUCAUUGUGCUAGCACCAUGACUCCACUGCAUCAGCCUGCUCCUGCAGAACCCCUUUUAUUUCUGGAAUAACUUUGUGAAGGGACCUUUUUAAGCAUUAGCAAACUCUGCUGUCUAUAACCUUCCAUGCGUUCUGAUAAUUUUUGUUCUAGUUAUUUUUGACCAGAGAAACACUUCUUUAAAAAAACAAAAGGUUAAACAUCUGUGUUGUGAAACUGGUCAGUUAUGCAGGUGAUGUGCUGUCUUUCUGUUAAAACAAAUUCUCAAUUACACCUUUCCCCCCCCCUUUUUUUUAUAAACAGGUUGUUGAUUUAAUUUUAGAAGCUAUGUGCUGAAACCCUUGUAACUGUUAUGUUUGCUUGUCUGAAAGACUUUUCUAAAUCAUAUGUUAGACGAAUGUAAGCAGAGUUUUUAAGCCAAGUAUCCAUUUUCUUUGUUUUUUUUAUGUUUAAACAAUGUAGUACUCUGAAAACUUUGGAGCAUUUGUAUUCCCCAAAGCAAGUGAAAUACAUUUUAAUUAAAAUGGACGUUAUUUCCCAA